AUGAGUGAAGAAGAGGUUUUGGCGAUGGUUAUGGAACAAUCGCGCUGUGAAUACGUGGAGAGCCUAAAAAGUACGACUUCCGUUGGUGCAAGUCGUGAUCAGGACGACGAUUUUGGCUGUCAUGCAGAUAGUAAUCCGCCCACAGUUGCAUCCUAUAUUAGAAAGAACCAAGAUAAUAAUUCUGAAGGCCAAGUAAAUGAUAGCGACAAAGGUGAUGACAACAAUAGCUAG